UGCCGUUGUAUUUUGUCUUGCAAUUUGCAAUAUCGGCACAUUCGAUUCAGUCUUUCGACGAGAACACUUCAUCAAAACACAUUUCGAGGACGGUACUCGCAGUUGUUGGUUAUAUAACAAUUUAUCCAAAAUGAAUUACUAUUUUUUUUCAGUGAUAUUCAUGGCAACAACUGUUGUCCAUUCUGCACCACUGGAAUCAAUUCCAUCGGCAACGUCAACGUCAACAUCAAUACCAACAGAAGCGGCAUAUCUUCCACCAGUUGAAAGUCCACCAGAGAUUAAAUUUUACGAAUAUACACCAUCCGAUGGUGGAUACACGUACAGACUUUCGUUAACCAAUUCUGUGUUUCGAGAGGAAACAUUCGAAAUCCGAGACAAGGGAACGCCAGAAGAAGAAACAUUUGUGAAUGGGCAGUACUGGUUCAAAGGCGAUGAUGGAUAUAAAUACUACAUCAAAUAUACUAUCAAUAAUAAUGGAGUUCAUACCGAAAUUGACCGGACACUUAUUCAUCGUAUUCCACCGAGUACGCUGAAAUCCCUGGUCGGCUAAAAUGGUUGUACAUCCAACAUCUUCCUGCCCUUUCGUAAAAUUCACAGUGAUGGUGAAUGUAUUUGCUAUUUCUUGUAUGCAAUUCGAUUUUUUUUAUUGUUUUGUAACUGAGAAUAAAUAAAUGAAUGUGUGAAGAACCAUCGAGAAGAGAGGAAAAAAU